UGAAUUUCUCUUCAACAAAAUAAUCAAGACCCCCGUGGCAAAAAAAUAAAAUAAAAUAAUCAAGACCCCCCUCCUCAUUUUUCUUUAUUUCAUCCCCAUCAUCAUCGUCACAUAUAUAUCAAGAUUGUAUAAGGAGCUUCAGUUUAGUGCUUAGCUUCUCCUUCAGUUGUGCUGAAUUGGACAGUUAUUCAAGAAAUCAAGUGACUGGUGCUACUUUAGAUGGCUAGCGGAAACCCUUACUUUGACGAUUUCCGGACUAAAUCCGAGAUUAUAGAUUCUGCCAAUAGCGAUGACAUGACGGAUGUCACUGAAUAUGCGAAUGACCCUGUCCACAUUGCUCGGAAGCCUAGCAUGGCUGUCUCUAGCAGUGUUCGAGAACUACUCGAGUGCCCUGUAUGCUUAAAUGCUAUGUACCCUCCUAUCCAUCAGUGUUCAAAUGGUCACACAUUGUGCUCUGGAUGCAAGCCACGGGUGCACAACCGAUGCCCAACUUGUAGGCAUGAACUUGGGAAUAUCAGAUGUCUUGCACUUGAAAAAGUUGCUGCAUCUCUGGAACUUCCAUGUCAAUAUCAGAGUUUUGGUUGUGCAGGCAUAUUUCCGUACUACAACAAGCUAAAUCAUGAAACUGGAUGUGCUUUCAGACCCUAUAACUGUCCGUAUGCUGGAUCAGAAUGCACUGUUAUUGGUGAUAUCAGUUAUCUGGUGGACCAUCUGAAAGAUGAUCACAAAGUUGACAUGCAUAAUGGUAAUACUUUCAACCAUCGUUAUGUCAAAUCGAAUCCCCACGAGGUUGAAAAUGCGACUUGGAUGCUUACGGUAUUCAGUUGCUUUGGGCAGUAUUUCUGUUUGCAUUUUGAAGCUUUCCAACUUGGGAUGGCUCCAGUUUACAUAGCAUUCCUGCGUUUCAUGGGUGACGAAAAUGACGCAAAGAAGUACUGCUAUAGUCUUGAGGUUGGUGGCAAUGGGAGGAAGAUAACCUGGCAAGGAGAGCCACGUAGCAUAAGGGACAGCCAUAAUAAAGUUCGUGACAGUUUUGAUGGUCUCAUCAUACAACGUAACAUGGCGCUCUUCUUCUCAGGUGGAGAUAGGAAGGAACUGAAACUGCGGGUUACGGGAAGGAUUUGGAAAGAACAGUAACCAAAUAGGCCAGGAGUGAAGUGCUGUUUAUCUUAUUUCUUGAAUACCUUUGAGGCAAAAUUCUCUUCUUCUCAGGUGGUGAACUCCGGGUUACUAGUAGGAUUUGGAAAGAACGGUUAUUACAUAGAACUGACGUGCUGUUUAUGUUGUUUCUUGGUUACUUUUUAGGCAAAGUUCUCUUUGCUACACAAAAUGUUCAUACACAUGCACAUUAGUUUCUGUUUCUCAAUCGUAUGAUAGACUGGAAUUCGUAGGUUUGCUUGAAAUUCUUGUUCUAUGAAAUCAUGCGGUGAAGGUUUUAAUUUU